CGCUCAGUCCAGCGGCAGCAGCGCGUGGAGGGGACUCGGGGCAGCAGCAGCGAUGGCGUCCAACGAUUACAGCCAGCCGGCCACCCAGAGCUAUGGGGCCUACCCAGCACCACCGGGACAGGGAUAUUCUCAGCAAACCAGCCAGCCCUACAGCCAACAGAGCUACAGUGGUUAUGGCCAGUCUGCAGACACCUCAACAUAUGGACAAAACAGUUACAGUUCUUCCUACGGCCAGAAUCAAAGCUCUGGCUACAGCACUCAGUCAACACCCCCAGCUUAUGGAACAACUGGAUACGGCAGCAGCCAGACCUCUCAGACCUCUUAUGGGCAACCCUCAUCCUAUCCUAGCUACUCCCAGCCACCGGCAGCCAGCUCGACAACUGGAAGUUAUGGAAGCAGCUCCCAAAGCACAAGCUAUGGCCAGCCCCCAAGUGGAGGCUAUGGCCAGCAAUCCAGCUAUAGCAGCCAGCCACAGAGUUCCUAUGGACAGCAGCCUUCUUACAACCCUCCACAAAGCUACGGGCAGCAGAGCCAGUACAGCAGCAGUAGCAGCAGCGGAGGCGGCGGCGGGGGCAGCAGUGGAUCCAGCGGCUAUGGCCAGGACCAGUCAUCCAUGAGCGGUAGUGGUGGCAGUGGCGGUGGCGGCUACGGUAGCCAGGAUCAGAGCAGCUACGGAGGUGGCCAGCAAGAUCGUGGUGGCAGGGGCAGAGGAGGAUAUGGCCGGGGUGGCUUUGAUCGUGGCGGAAGAGGCAGCCGUGGCGGUCGUGGAGGCAUGGGCGGUGGUGAGCGUGGUGGCUUCAAUAAGUUUGGUGGGCCCCGGGACCAAGGACCACGCCAUGAUCCUGCUUCUGAACAGGAUAACUCUGACAACAACACCAUUUUCGUCCAGGGACUCGGUGAAAAUGUCACCAUCGAGUCGGUCGCUGACUACUUCAAGCAAAUAGGAAUCAUUAAGACAAACAAGAAAACUGGGCAGCCCAUGAUUAACCUGUACACAGACCGUGAGACCGGGAAGCUAAAGGGGGAAGCCACUGUGUCUUUUGAUGAUCCCCCAUCUGCCAAGGCAGCCAUCGAUUGGUUUGAUGGAAAGGAAUUUUCCGGCAAUGCCAUCAAAGUCUCCUUUGCUACCCGGAGGGCGGACUUCAACCGUGGCGGUGGAAAUGGACGGGGUGGCAGAGGCCGUGGAGGGCCCAUGGGUCGUGCUGGAUUUGGUGGUGGAGGUGGAGGAGGCAGUGGCAACAGUGGCUCCAGCGGAGGUAACCGAGGUGGCUUCCCCAGUGGAGGCGGUGGCCAGCAACGCGCAGGGGACUGGAAGUGCCCUAACCCAGCCUGUGAGAACAUGAAUUUCUCGUGGCGUAACGAGUGCAACCAGUGCAAGGCACCAAAGCCAGAUGGGCCUGGAGGACCACACAUGGGAGGAGGAGGAUUUGGGGAAGAGCGCCGUGGAGGCAGAGGGGGUUAUGACCGUGGCGGUUUCCGAGGAGGCCGAGGCGGCGAUCGGGGUGGCUUCCGAGGAGGCCGAGGUGGAGAUCGGGGCGGUGGAUUUGGGCCAGGAAAGAUGGAUAACAGGGGCGACCACAGACAAGACCGCCGUGACAGACCCUAUUAAGACUGUACAAAUUCCCAGACCAUGUGACUUACACUUUUUUAUUUUGUAUGUCAGACUUCGUGCUGCAGACUGUGUAAAGCUCGUUCCAUUUGUGUAAAACUUUGUAUUGCCCUCUCAAUUUUACCCAUUUUUUUUUUUCCCCCCUGUAUCUGGAAGAAUCCCCUACAUUAAAAAACCCUCAUUGUUUUA